CCUUCAGGUUAUUGUUCCAUAUUUUGUGUUCUAUACUUGUCGUUUCCGUGCUCUCUUCAGGAUGUGUCCAACGCUCGGGUGUCCAGCUGCACGUCAAGGACAUCCCUGGCUCCCAGGGGCAGGUCCCAGGCCGCAGGCCGACCUCCUGGCCUGGACCCCAGCCUGGCAGGCGUGGCUCCUGUCAGCGUGGAGCAGCCAUCUCACGUCAGCAUUGUCUCACCGCAGCCAGGAGACCUCUGGCGGUGCUGACAUCAGGGGCACCUCGACACCCUUGUGAUGCCACCACACAGUCACUGUCGCCCUACGGCCUCACAAAAGGUGGCUGGCUAUAAGAGCCCUGAGCGGCGCGCCUGCGGCCAGUCCGGCUGGUGGUACUCGAGAGCUCGACGUGCCAUUGCUGGAAGGAGCGAGGCGGAGGUGUUGCACGAGGCACACGCAAAGCCAUUCUUUUUGCACACUAGCCAUCGAGGUUCUUCGUAGUCCUGCUGGUGGCACGCGAGGCGUCGAGGUGAAGCCAGCGAGACACGAAGCGUCGACGUCCUGCCGGCGACCCGCAGCGGAGGUGCUGAGGACCAGAGGCUGCUGAUAACCACCUGGCCCCGGGGCAGCCUACCACAGGGGACAACCAACUCCACAGCGCGGCAGCUGCAGGCACCAUGAACCAUCAGGAGCAGCCAGACGAGGAGGCCCCUGGGGACGAGACGUGCCCCAUCUGCCUGGGCCGGCUGUCCAGCACGGCUCGUGUGGACCCCUGCAGGCACUCCUUCUGCCUGGGGUGCAUCCUGCCCUGGGCCACUCGAAGAGCCACCUGCCCACUGUGCCGCGGGCGUAUUGGGACCAUCGCACUCGUGGUGCCGCCCGCCCAGCACGACGCCUCGCCCCGCCGGCCCCGCCGGGGAUUGCAGCGCAACGCGGGGCUGGAGCGGCAGCAGCAGCAGCAGCAGCGGCAGAGGAGCCCCUCCAGCUACCGCUCGCGCAGCGUCUCGCCACGGCGCAGGGAGCGCAGCCCCGCCGAAGCACGACGGCUCGUCCGCAGCCGCUCCUGGCACUCGGAGCAGGACGGGCACAGGCUGCCACGGUCCCUGCAGUACCCCGACGCCGACGACAUAGCCGAGUACAUCGCCUGGCUACGUCGGGUCCAACUGGAGGAGCCGGGGUCUGGCGACCACGCGGGCCGCCACGCCAGGCCCCGCAACUGAGCAGCGACCGGGCCUCACCUGGGGACGGGCUGGGGGUGGCAGCCACAAUUACCCCAGGAAUAAAUUAUGACUUUUCC